GCAAACAAACACACUAUCAGGAACCUUUCACAACUCACAAGUCUAUACGUGAAUCACACAGAGAAUUUUCUGUUUCCUUUCUUGAACAUAAAUCGGAUGAGAUCACUUCAUUUUCACCUGGAAAUAACCUCAGCCAAAUAAGAUGGAAGUGCGAUGCUUCACAGCAGCCUGGAGGUAAAUAUGGCUGCUGACAUGACUUUGAUGGACAUUUCCAAGAUCUUCUCCCUGCUGCAGCCCAAAGAGGAAGAUGAGGAUAAUGAACUGAGCCAAGCCUUGAACAACGCCGUGAGAGGCGAUAAUGUCCUUCUCCUCACUGAGCUUCUUUCUCAGGAGAGGUACAGGAGGUCAAUAAACACUCGGAGCGGGUGGGGGGUUCCUGUCACACCCUUACGGACUGCUGCUGCUUUGGGACACCUGAAGUGCUUGGAGCUCCUCCUGGAGCAUGGAGCAGAGAUAGACAGCCUGGACGUGAAGGCCCAGACGCCAUUGUUCACGGCCGUUAGUGGCAAACAUCUAGACUGCGUGCUGGCUCUGCUGAAGGCCGGAGCCAACCCAAAUGGUAGCCUGCACAACAACUGCUCACCGGUGUUGACGGCUGCCCGGGAAGGGGAUGUGGACAUUCUCCGGGAGCUGCUCCGCUUUGGAGCAGAGGUGGACGUUCGACCAAAAGUACCGCAAUGGGCAUCUAAUGCUACAGUGUGCAAAGGGCCUCUUUAUAUUGCAGCAGUGUACGGACAUUUGGACUGCUUCAAACUCCUCCUUCUCCAUGGAACUAACCCUAACUAUAACUGCACGGAUGAAAAGAUGCUGGCCCGAAUAAAGCAGCCAGAGACUGUGCUGGAGGUUUGUUUGCGUUACGGUUGUGGAGUGGAGUACAUCCAACUUCUCGUAGACUUCGGAGCAGACGUAUACCUGCCUACACUUAUUGUUGACAAGACUACAAAACAGAACAAAGCUUUGGCUCUGCUGCUCAAGGAAAGGGUUUGCCCCAAACCUCUGAUGUCACAGACUCGGCUGGCAAUCCGCAGAUACCUUCAUUUUGCCAACAAAGACCCAGCCAUUGACAGUUUGGACAUUCCUCUUGUUCUGAAGAAUUACCUGAAGCACAACAUCAAAGAGCUCAAGGGCUGCUCCAGUUAGAAUCUCGGGUUGGCAGGACCCUCCUAAACUGGAUUUAUAUUGUUUUUUGUUUUACCCGUGGGGAAAUGCUUGACUGGUACAGUCUUUUUAUUUUGUCCCAGCGCACAACAAGGCCCAUAAUGCAAUGGUUUGAUGUGUUUGGUAUUGAGGAACCCAAGAGGACCGGAUUCUCAAACCCAUGGGACGAAUUGUGAAGCAAGCCUGCUUGUCAAAUAAAGUGCUUUUACGGUUAAAUGGGCCACUGUCAAUUCCAGAAGGGUUGACACUAUUAUUAGUGAGUGCAAAUGCCAAUACCAUGUUUUUUGUUUUCUACCUCCAUUUGCUGUUAAAGCCCCAAAGAUUUCCCAAUAGUGCAAUGACUCAUUUCCUUGGGAGAGAGUCUAAUUUCACUCAAUUUGUCAGAAUUUUUUUUUAGUUACCAGCAAUAAUAUAUACAGUGUCAGGCAUGCUAAUUUUAUAUUUAAAUUUUCCAAGGGCGUAGGUUUGUUCCCAAUAGUGGUAGGGACGAUAUAACAUUAUAACCUGCAUGCACACUUUUCGCUGGGGACGGGACAUUAAUAAAACCAAACAGAUAGGGUAAACAGGGGUCAAGUCUACAUUUCUCACCAAUAUGAACCUAAUUAACUGAUAGGCUAAAUGAUUAAUGCAAAAAUUUGUACUGAUUUAUACUAACUUUCACACUGCAAAUUUAUAAUGACCUAAUCUGAUCAUUUUUCUUAAACCUAGUCGACUAAUUUUCUCCUUGUUUUGUGUGUUAAAGGCUAGUUAACAGAUUAAUGCGUCAGAUUAUUCCACUUACUUUAAGUAAAUAUUACUAUAUACUUAAAAUAUAUAAUAUUACUGUUCUUAUUAAGCCCAUACAUCUAAAGUGGGUCAUUUUUCACCUAAAUCUAGAAAAAAAUGCUUUCAAAAAUUAUUUUGAACAAUAUCUAUUCUCGAAUUAAGAACAUUUCUGACAAACACGUUUUCUUAUAACAUUAAAAAUGUAAACUUUUUACUUAAGUCUGUUAAGCUUCAAGUCAUUAGCCAAUCAAAGUGCGCUUGAGGGGAAAAAAUGGACUGGCACAUUCAGCAAGUGAAAAGGGGUCAAUGUAAAUCUAAACAAAAUUAAAAUAAUUAUACAAUAAUAAGGUCUAUAGGAAGACAAUCUAAAUGACCUAUAUAACUGAAGUCAUUGUAAAAUGCAUAUAAGAUUGCUUAAAAGUUGGUGGGGACAAUUUGAGCAUCCUGAAAAUUUGAUAGU